AUGUGUUUGUGUCCCUUCGAGCUGAAGGUCAUUAAAGUGUCCGUGUGGGUUUCAGGUGAGGUGAAGAAGAUCAACAUGUGGAGGAUGCUGCUGUGUGAAGCCACGGCCUCCAUCAUGGCCAAAGGCUUCGACAUCCUGGGCAUCAACCCGGUCCAGAGGAUGCAAACGAAACCUCUGACGUUCGCCGACUGCAUCGGCGAUGAGCUGCCGGUGGGGUGGGAGGAGGCGUACGACCCCGCGGUCGGAGCGUAUUAUGUCGACCACAACACCAAGAGCACCCAGCUGGAGGACCCGCGGGUCCAGUGGCAGCGGGAGCAGGAGGCCAUGCUGCGGGACUACCUGUCCGUGGCCCGGGACGCGCUCAGCGCCCAGAAGGAGAUCUACCAGGUGAAGGAGCAGCGGCUGCGGCUGGCACAGCAGGAGUACCAGCAGCUCCACGACACCUGGAGGGACAAGUCCAAGUCCAGGUCUCAGACCAGCUUGAACUCCAGGUCGUCCACGUCCAGCAAAUACGACCCGGACAUCCUCAAAGCUGAAAUCUCCACGGCCAAAAGUCGGGUGAACAAGCUGAAGCUGGACCUGGCCUGUAUGAAGCAGGAGCUGCAGUGUAAAGAGCAGGGCUUCCAGACGCUCCGAGAGAUCAACCUGAAGGUGUCCAACAGUCCGUACGGCUACAAGCAGCAGGAGGCGCAGGCCAUUCUGAAGGAGGUGCACUCCAUCAGAGACACCAUCAGCUCCAGGGAGAAGGAGAAGCAGGAGCUCAUGCAGAAACUGGCGGUGUUGAAGGACGGGUUCCAGCUGGACUCUGGUUCUCAGCAGGAGCUGUGGGGCAGCAGUCUGUCCCUCAGCGACUCGGCGGCGUCCAUCCCUCGGCUCUUCUCCGACGCCGGCUCUCAGACCGACGCCCCCGCCGAGUUUUUGAGCGGGACCAACAAGCUGGCAGAGAAGGUCCGUCUGCGCCUGAAGUACGACGAGGCCAGGAGGAGGAUCGCCAACAUCGAGGUGCAGAUCGCCAAACUGGACAGCGAGGCGUGGCCGGGGCUGCUGGACCCGGAGCGGGACCGCCUCAUCCUGAUCAACGAGAAGGAGGAGCUGCUGAAGGAGCUGCAGUACGCCGGGCCCCGGCAGCGCCUGGAGCCCAACGACGCCGAGAAACUGGAGAGCGAGAAGAAGCGUCUGGAGAGAGACCUGCAGGCGGCCCGAGACAACCAGAGCAAGGCUCUGACCGAGAGCUCCUCACACAAGCUGACGUGUGGAAACCGAAGCAUCUGCUUCCACUUCUUGCUCUUUCCCUUCCUGUUCCCGACGCCGCCUGCAGAGGAGAACAAAAGACAGAGGGACUACAGCAGCCUGUGUGAACGGCAGCCCAUCGGCCGCUUGCUCUUCAGGCAGUUCUGCGAGACCCGACCCGAGCUGAAGCGCUGCGUCAGGUUCCUGGACGCCGUGGCGGAGUACGAGGUGACUCCGGACGAGAAGAGGAAGGACUGCGGUCAUGAGCUCAUCAGUAAAUACCUCAACCAAACGUCGGAGAACUACGUGUCGGAGGUGGAGGAGGCCAUGACGGUUCAGUGUGCAGAGAGGCUGCAGCACGAAGCCAGCAAGGAGCUCUUCAAGGACUGCACCAGACUGAUCCACGACUACCUGAGCGUGGCGCCCUUCGCGGACUACCUGGACAGCAUGUUCUUCAGCCGGUUCCUGCAGUGGAAGUGGCUGGAGAGCCGUCAGCCUGACGAGAGCGGUCCGAUGACUUUCAUCACGGGGGCCGAAGGAGCCGUGUUCAGCAAAUCGGUGGAGACGCCGCACGUCAGGGCCGAGCCGUUCAAAGAACUACGAACAACAAAAGUUCUGGAACAUGGAGUGGACAUGGAGAAGAACAUGGAGGUGACACGAAGGACACAUGGAGGAGACAUGGAGGUGACACGAAGGACACAUGGAGGAGACAUGGAGGAGACAUGGAGGAGACAUGAAGGAGACAUGGAGGAAACAUGGAGGAGACAUGGAGGAGACAUGGAGGACACAUGGAGGUGA